CUCGUUUCCAUGGCGACGAGGACCGCGCGCCUCAACGGCUCAGCAAGUAACUGUCCUGUCCCAAGACUCUGGUCCCGCCGCUGGCGUCUGGCGUCUGGCGUCCCUCAGGGUUCUGGUUUCCCCCAUUCCGACUGCUGCCCCUGGCCCCUGCCAUGGGCGACCUGGAGUUGCUGCUGCCUGGGGAGGCUGACGUGCUGGUGCAGGGCCUGCGCAGCUUCCAGCUGCGGGAGAUGGGAUCGGAAGGGUGGAAUAAGCAGCAUGAAAGCCUGGAGAAGCUCAACAUGCAAGCCAUUCUUGAUGCCACCGUCAGCCAGGGCGAGCCCAUCCAGGAACUGCUGGUCACCCACGGGAAGAUCCCGACGCUGGUGGAGGAGCUGAUUGCGGUGGAGAUGUGGAAACAGAAGGUGUUCCCAGUGCUGUGCCGGCUGGAGGACUUCAAGCCCCAGAACACCUUCCCCAUAUACAUGGUGGUUCACCACGAGGCCUCCAUCAUAAACCUCCUAGAGACGGUGUUCUUCCACAAGGAGGUGUGUGAGUCAGCGGAUGACAAGGUCUUGGACCUAGUGGACUAUUGCCACCGCAAGCUGAUACUGCUGGUGGCCAGGACUAGCUAUCCUGACCCGUCUGAAGAGGACUGGUCCCAGAACAGUACCCCUAUGCAAGAGCUGCAGAAACAGGCAGAGAUGAUGGAAUUUGAGAUCUCGCUGAAAGCCCUCUCAGUGCUUCGGUACAUCACAGAUUGCGUGGAUAGCCUUUCCCUGAGUACCUUGAACCGCAUGCUCAGUACUCACAACUUGCCCUGCCUGCUGGUGGAGCUGCUGGAGCACAGCCCCUGGAGCCGGCGGGAAGGAGGCAAGCUGCAGCAAUUUGAGAGUGGCCGCUGGCAGACAGUGCCUCCCUCUGAGCAGCAAAAGCUGAACAAGCUGGAUGGGCAAGUGUGGAUCGCCCUGUACAAUCUACUGCUCAGCCCUGAGGCCCAAGACCGCUACUGCCUUACCAGCUUUGCCAAGGGACAGCUGCUUAAGCUUCAGUCCUUCCUCACGGACACGCUUCUUGACCAGCUGCCCAACCUUGCCGAUCUGAAGGGUUUCCUAGCCCGCCUGGCCCUGGUUGAAACCCAGCCCCCUAAGAAGGACCUAGUGUUGGAACAGAUCCCGGAAAUCUGGGAUCGGCUGGAGCGGGAGAACAAAGGCAAGUGGCAGGCCAUUGCCAAGCACCAGCUUCAGCACGUAUUCAGCCCCUCCGAAAAGGAUCUUCGUCUCCAGGCACAGAGGUGGGCCGAAACCUACAGGCUGGACGUCCUGGAGGCGGUAGCUCCAGAGAGGCCCCGCUGUGCCUACUGCAAUGCAGAGGCCACCAAGCGCUGCUCCAGGUGCCAGAGUGUGUGGUACUGCUGCAGGGAGUGUCAGGUCAAGCACUGGCAGAAGCACAGCAAGAUGUGUGUCCUCACACCCCAAAGCGCCAAGAGCCCAGUGAAGGUCGCAGCUGCUGAGGGCCGACAGAAGAGCGCGCGCAGAAUGUGACUCUGAGCCGCAGGAACUCUGCCUGGCCCCCGUCAGACCUCAGUCUCCCUCGUGAGGCACACAGCUGAGUGAAGUAGAGCUGCAAACCACCACCACAAGACACACACACGCGGGCGCGCGCGCACACACACACACACACACACACACACACACACACACACACACACACAAAGGCUCUUCACUUCCUGCCCCACCCAGCGCAGACUUAGAGGACCAGGCCGCAGCAUCAGCAAGCAAACUGGCAGGGCAGGGGUGGGGGUGGGGGGUGGAGGCAGAAGCAAGGGCCGGAUGUGGAGACCCUCUUCCUUUCUCACAGUAAAGGCGGACUC